GCUGCUGCCACUAAUUUCAUGCCGGAAGUGUGUAAAACGCAACAACACAGUUCGGCAGCACAAGUUGUUUUGUCACGGAACGAAGGAAAAGAGUAUCAACAACAGAUACUUAAACAUCGCCAUCGCUUCCACCACAGACUCCAUCUCCAUCAUCUCACAACAACAACAAAGUACCUCACGGAACGUCGCUUACCCUGCAAGAAUUGGUGUAACAUAGGCUUAAUUAAUUUAGCUGAUUGGCCACAUUCUUCAUUGAUACCCACCCAUGGGCUUGGUCGCUUAUUUCAAUAAAUAAGAACAUUUUUAUUCAGAUCUUAAUCCACUCCCUUAUACACUCUUUGUUUUUACAUGUCUUCACUCCCGUCUAUUGUUUACCACGAUACACUAAUACUCAGUCUCCUGGCAACUACAAACACAUCAAAACUAACGGAUUUUUGGAUUUCUAGUUAAAGGCGUCCUGCCUUCGUUCUUUUUCACUUCGCUGUGAUCUUAGUGCGACCAUCAGCCAGAACUUUCCUUGGUUGAAGCCUCAGUUUAUAUAAUCAGAACCAUCACCUGCAAUACUAAUAACGAGAACACCUGGCUACCCAAUUAAAAGACCACCGUUCCCAUAAUUAUAAGGUUUAGUGAUCUGUCAUCCUGCAACUAAAUGAAUAAACCACCGGUGCCAUACCUGGAGUCUACAUUCCAUAUACACCAACGCUAUGAAGACACGGCGUUGCUAAUUUUCCAGCAAAUCCAGAAGAAAAAGAGGUCGAAUUAUUCCCAGUUUUCAAACAAACCAUUCCCGUCAACAUCCAACUUCAUCCAGGUGGAUCACUAUGGCAACAGUGGAGUGGUGGCAAAAAAGGAUGUGUCACAACCGAUCGAAACGUUGUUACCAGACAAGAUAAAAUAGCUUCGAAGACAUGCACGAUACUCUAAAGCUCACGACAGCCAGAGAGCACCUGCCACAUCGUCAAGCUUUACUUUAAGGUAUCGAGCAAGAAUAAGAUGGGUGGGGGAAAUACGAUAGGAACAGAAUUGAGAAUGACAAGUUGAUUAAUGACUUUUGGAUGGGUUACAUAGAUAUACUACAUUUAUAUAUAUGCUGCUUUUUGAGGCAUGGAGAUUCUGCCUUAUUUCAAUACUAAUAGUGAGCCUGUUGCUUUUGUGUGGUACUUGCUUGAGACUAGUGGGGAUGCACCAAAAUGUAGGGUAGGACAUAGUGCUUGUGUGGUGAAGCCAAGCAACUCAGAGGCACCUAAUAACAAUGGACAGCUUUAUCUAAUCGGUGGUGCCAAUCCAGAUAACACAUUCUCUGAUAAUCCAAUUCUAGACUUGAACUCUUGGCAAUGGGGUUACAAAGAGUUCACCGGAUUCGUGCCCCGCUAUGAACAGUCAUUGUUUUCAAUCCGGAAUAAUUCCAGCUCUAUCUAUAUCUUUGGUGGAGCAAACCAAACUGACACUCUCAAUGACAUCCAAUACUUGGAUACCGAUGCCAGCAAAUGGCUGACGCUAACUCCCAAAGGGGACAUACCAGUUCCCAGGACCCACCACUCUACCACCUCUGUUGAUGACCAGUUUGUUGUCUUUGGUGGUGGAGCACAAGGCACGAGCCCAGUGCUGGACGCUAAGGUGCACUCCUUCAGUGUGCCCACAUCCACCUGGUCCACGCUGGAUAUCAAGGGACCAGUGCCAAAACCUCGUCUUGGACAUAUCUCAGUUAGUAUCGACAAGAAAGUCUACAUCCAUGGAGGACUGUGCGAGGACAAGUUCUUUGAUGACUUCCACGUUUUGGAUCUGGAGACAGAGUCAUGGCAACAGCUGGAGGUAUCCGGUCAACAUCCUUCUGCUCGUGCUGCUCACGGGGCUGUUGCCAAUGGUGAUAACAUCUACAUUUUUGGAGGGAUGUCUGUAGAUGGCGCACUCAAUGAUUUUUACCAAGUGGACACAGCUUCACUGAUUUCUACCCGAAUUGCCGUUGAUGCACCAGCACCAAGACCCCGUCUCGACUUUGCCAUGACCAUCACCGAAAUAACUUUAGAUCAGCCACAAUCACAAAGAAGUGGUUCAGAUGUUGAGAACUUGGAACCCUCGGAAGACCACGAGGAAUCCACCCAGGAAGAGCUUCAGGCUUCCAAUGGGUGUGAAAGUGUAGAAAACGUGGAGUGCAGUUCGAGGGAAACGUACACAGUUUGUCUCAUCCAUGGCGGUAUGGAUACGGAAGGUGGAAUCUUUAACGACACCCUUGUCAUCUUUCUUUCUUGAACUCUUGAACAGUUUUUUUUUCUUCUUUUUUAGUAUUUUAUUCUCAUGCCUCAAUUGAUCAAAAUUUCUCUUUUAAAAAUUCAACUUUUAUUCUUCUUGACUUCUCUUUUCAAACUCUUAUCUUCAUUAGUGCAAUCUCUUAUGUUACACUAAUACAGCCCUCUAAAUUCUAUUAAUAGAGUUUUUUUAACUCUCUUCCUAUAUAUUUCCAAUCUUUAACAAAACAGUAUCCUAAAUUUCCACAAAUGCAACUAUUCAACUUCACCAAUAUAGAUCCUACAGUGCCAGUGCAGUCCCCUAAAAUCCCACCAAUACAGACCCCUAAAUUCCACAAAUACAUUUAUUUUAAAUCAAUUUUUUUACAUUCCCUUAUUGUUUCCUUAACAUCUCCUUAUUUACUAAGUAUUGGCCUUAGUACAUCAAUAUUGACCACCCCUUCAUCUUAAAACCUCCCUUUGCCCGAAGACUUCCCUGUUGGCUUUGUCCUGAUAGAUUUUCCUUUCUUUCUGCAACUCUGCUAAUCUACUCAUGUGGAUCAACAAAUCCACAUCCAUUUAUAUCUUAAAUCACAACAGUUGCUCAAUAAAUACAAAUCUGUUAAUCUAAUUACCCCAAACAGUUGCUCAAUCAACCAACAUCUUUUGAUCUAAUAAUCUACUUCUGUUGAUUAACAAAUUCACAUCUGUUGAUCUAUUAUUAAUAUACAAUAAUUUCCCAACAAAUCUACGACUGUUAAUUUAUUAAUCGACUGUUUAAUUUCUCGUUAUUUCAGACUGCUUUUAGUUCCCUUCUCACCAAAUUCUCAUACUUCUUAGCUUUCACCAAAAGAUUAAUUAAAUUAAAUGGGGAUAAUCCCAUCUCACAGCCACCACACCACACCACAACUACCAUCACACAAUACUCAUCAUUCACCCACUCACUUGCUCCCCUCCUCUUCAACUGACCAUUAUAAUUCCAGUUAAUCUCACAUCACAAAUAUAUCCUCUCUCAUUUAAUCUUGCCUCCCACCUAUCUCAUACAAUUAUAACAUAUCUGGGUUUUUUUUUUAUAUCUAUUUAAUUAUGCAUUGAAGCACUUUUAGUAAUAAUAACAUCAUGUACUGUAAUAAUAUGUUCAAAACAAACUCCACACGGUCAACACCCGGUACUAUUAACAUCCCAAAUGUCUUCAGCAGCAAAUCAUACCACUCAUAUUUUACACAAUUGUCACCCAAUAAAACAACACAACCUGCUCAGCACAUACUUUGCAUAGUCACUGCUCAACACUAAAACACAGAAUCUCUCACAACAUAUACAAAACACAGCUGUUUAUGUAACAAAAUAUCAGAACCCACUUUGUACAUAUUUAUUCUACACAACAAACAGACAUAACAAGAAAGCAACACUUGAAACAGCAAACAAUCCCCACAACAAAAGAUAAAAUGCACUGUAACAAACACAGUUCCUUACUUCAAAAGGACAAAGCUGCACAUGCAUAUGAAAGGAAGAGAUGCACCUAGCAAUGCAGUAGAAUCUCGCAUGAAACUGUUGGAAAGUACUGAUAGUAAUAAUAAUAAUAAUAAGGAUUCUAACAUAGGCACAAAGCUGUAAAGGUUUUGUUGUGGAAGAUGUGGUAAUUUGAACUGAGUUUAGUACUUAACUGGUAUUUUAUUUUAUAUAAUAGGGUUGACAAAUUGGUAGAGUGGUUUGAAUGUCAGAUAGACUGCCUUGUGCUGUUUGUUCCACCUCUCUGCAUUCUGAGUUCAGAUCCCACCGUGGUCAGUUUUGUUUUUCAUCAUUAUACUGUUGAUAAUGAGGCACCAUCAAGAGUUGGGAGUUGGUGGAAUUGUUAGAGUGCUAGGCAAGAUACCUUGUGGUAGUUGUGAGUUUUUUUGCAUUCUGACAGUAACACCUUCUACAAUGGCGUAUUGACCAAACUGUAUAAUUGGCUCGUGGUGUAGAGAAAGGGAGACUUGCAUGUAUGGACAACUGCUGGUCUUUCUACAACAAAGAAACCUUGCCUGGGUCUGCAUCUGGGAGUGAAAAUUUUAUAGUCUCAUAAAACGUAGGAAGGUUCUGGAUGUAUUUUAUUGAAUCUGGAAGAACAAAAGACAAACUUGUCCUUCACAGCAUAUGAAGUCAGAACAUUAAAAAACAACAACCAAAUAACCACAAGGCAUUUUCUGACAGUCUACUGAUUCUACUUCUACAACAACAA